AUUACUUCCCAGUUUAUGCAGUAAAGGUUCACAUGGAGCAGCAGCAGCAGCAAGCCUCUCUAUUGUUAUUGAUCCUCUUCAGUUAAACCUGCUUCCUGCAGGUAUAGUUUAUAUUUUCUCGACCAAGGUAAACUCCAACGACAAUUACUGACAAUUGACAAUUACUUUUACACUUUGUUUCUACUACAAUGAGCGCAGAAAUAAAGGUGGAACCAAUGGAAGAGGAACCGACUGCAGGAGCACCGGUCGCUGCCGAUGCUGAACAGCCGACACCUGCAGAACAGCCGCCUCCAGCGACCACAGCAACGGCUGAUGCAGCCGUAGCACCCACUCCUGCAGAAACCGCAGGCGAACCUGGAGAAAGUCAAGAGCCAACACCUCAAGCUGAAAAACCAGAAAAUGGGCCCCCGAAGAAAGGUUGGCCAAAAGGAAAGAAACGGAAAAAGGUUAAAGAUGAAACUGCACCCCGUCAACCUCUCACAGGUUAUGUGCGAUUUCUUACUGAUCGGAGGGAACAUAUUCGUGCUGAAAAUCCCACUUUGCCUUUCGCCGAAAUAACUAAACUUCUAGCAGCAGAAUGGGCUGUUCUUCCUCAAGAUCAAAAACAGCAAUAUUUGAGUGCAGCUGAACAAGACAGGGUGAGAUAUUUGGAAGAAGUCGCUGCUUACAAGGCUUCUCAGGCAUAUCGUGUAGUCAAUAACUUUAAUCAGAAUAUGAAAAAGCCAAAGGUAGAGAUAGAAGAAUCAAGCCAGACCGCUCUGGAAAAGAACCAAAUGGCAAUUUGCGACAUACCGAUUUUCACCGAGGAGUUCCUAGAUCAUAAUAAAUCGAGAGAGGUUGAAUUAAGACAACUUCGAAAGAGCAAUACUGACUACGAGCAACAAAACGCUACUAUUCAGACCUACAUUGCAGGGCUCCAAGCUGCAAUAAACAAAUUAGAUGCAGAGACACGUCUGCAAACGGUCAACAACAACGCCUUAGAAGAACAACUAACAUACCUGAAGAAUUUAUUCGUUAACAUAUUCAAGAAGGUAAAAGUGCCGGGAAUCGAAUCACCAAGUUUAGAGACUAUGAAUCAAGAUGUAGCAAAUUUUAUUUUAUACUAUCAUGCAAAUCCAACUAGUAGUAUUGUUGAAAGCGUGAAGAAAGUUUAUAAGGAAAUGCGUCCACCACCUGAAAAACUUACUGGUCUGCCUCCCGUUAAACAUUCAUAGUGUGUAGUGCAGUUUAACAACUGAUUAAAAUUUUGGACAGUGCUGCUCGGCAGUUAAUAUGUAUUUCUGGGUUUUAUUGUUUUAUAAAUUGUUGAAAGUGUAUAUUUUUAUAUUGUGAAUUUUUAAAAAAUAAGACACAUAACUUGAAUAACAAUACAACUUUUGUUAUAAUUUC